AUGGAUGGACAGCCGGUUAAAGAAUGUGUUAAUGAUAUAAACAACUCUCGUUCUGUUGACUGUGGGGAGCCAACAGAUGAAUUUGGUGAUGAUAUAGAUCCAGGUGCUGAUGAAUGUGCAGAAGAAUGUCAAGAAGUUCUCCAUGAUACUACAUAUGAGAAGCCGAAAGAUGUUGAUGACAUGGAUUUCGAUUACAGUGAGUACGGGAAAUUUGAAGAUGAAGAUGAAAAUGACGAUGGAGAUGGAGAUCACCUGGAUGUAGAUGCUGAAGAAGGGAAACCAUUUGUUGGUGGUAUUCAUGGACAGUUUAAGUACCUNGUUGACUGUGGGGAGCCAACAGAUGAAUUUGGUGAUGAUAUAGAUCCAGGUGCUGAUGAAUGUGCAGAAGAAUGUCAAGAAGUUCUCCAUGAUACUACAUAUGAGAAGCCGAAAGAUGUUGAUGACAUGGAUUUCGAUUACAGUGAGUACGGGAAAUUUGAAGAUGAAGAUGAAAAUGACGAUGGAGAUGGAGAUCACCUGGAUGUAGAUGCUGAAGAAGGGAAACCAUUUGUUGGUGGUAUUCAUGGACAGUUAAAUAAUCCUUAG